UGUUGGAGUAAAAGGUUUUUAUUUAUUUAUUAUAGCAUUAUCGUUACCGUUCAAAUUUCUUUCUACAUGACGUAGAGAUUUUUAUUGCCCCACAAUAUUACUUACCUAAUAAGGGUUGGAUGCAUCAUGCGUCAAUAAAUCUGUUUUCCUUUACUUAACAUCAUUGAAUAAUUUCUACAUAAUCUCUAAUCCCACUUCGAGCUCUUCUGUUCCCACUCGUAAAACGGUUAAAUUGACAACCCGUUUACAUCCAUGUCCUACCUGCAACAGAGAAUUUAAUUUUUAUCAAGAUUUGAGAAAUCACCGCAGAAUCCAUUCUGUUAAUGAUUUGCUGACACAAAUGAGGAUGCCAAAGGUGCAUUAUCUAUUAACAACAAUGAUCCAGUGGCGUACUAUUCUAUGGAUGCAGUUAGUGCUUCUCCUAUGCAACAAGAAACACCAGCAGUCCACAACGACCAAAGAGAUUUAGAUGAAAGAUUUCCCUAUUUGACUGAAUUUAGGUGUGAAGAAACCGAGGGUCUUGCUCAUGUUUACAAUAAUGGUGUAUCCAGCUUUGACAAGAAUGAAAUUUCUCAACCGGGAUACAGAGAACUGGUAAGAUUGAUUAAUACGGUUAUUGGAGACCACGAUCAAAUAAUGGAAGAGCCAUGUGCUAAAGUAUCCCAGGGUGAUAUUAUCAAUGCAUUAGGCAAGUCUAAGUCGACUAUUCGAGGUUAUGAAAAACAAGAAUCAGAAUGCCAGGCACCUGCAAUAACCACCACCAUCAUGUCCGUCGGUUAUAUGCUUUCACAAAUGCUUGCAGAAACAAAAAAGGAGGGACCUUAUGCAGUAUAGAGUGAACAGGGAAACAAGUCAAGUUGAAAUUCGUGAUUUUUUCGAUGUUCAAGAUUACAAGGAAGUUGUCUAUUCAAUGAGUUCACCAAUCCAGAUGAUAUUCCAAUC